AUGGGAACAACCAGUGGUCGGCGUCGUACAAGCAGUAUUACAGUUCCCAAUAACAACGCCUCUGUUGGCACUGUUUUGCGAUGGAGUGCUUUGGGCAUUCUGCUGACUUGUGUCUUUCUGGUGUUAAUACUACCCUGGCCUCUACCAUACGAACAGUCGAUGGAACACAUCAUGGAAGAUCGAUCAAACCAUCUACAAGAACAGUGUGGAAUAGUUCAUACGCUCGGGAAUUUCUCAGUCUCCAGUGCACGAACUUCCAAGCCCGAGUAUCUGUACUACAACUACUUUUAUCAACCACGGUUCCAAAUGUUGUGGUGUGCAAUAAGCAAGGUUGCGUCCAGCAGUUGGAUGUAUCAGUUCACUCGGUGGGCAGGAGUUCCGCGGGAAAAGAUCGCACGAGCCGCCCGUGACAUGAAGGCACUCGCGCGCAUGUACUACCCAGCCCCGACACGUGCCGACGUGGAACAGAUGAAGCAGAACGUGGCGUCGCCAGUGAUCCGUUUUCUGUUGGUACGUGACCCAAUGGAUCGGUUCGUCAGUGCGUAUGAAGAUCUGAUCGUGCGACCGCAGAGCGAUAACUAUCGUACCCUCAGGCGAUUCAUCUUUCGCGAGGUGUACGGAAUUAACGCACCCACUGCUACAAAGAAUGAUACUUCGCUGCCGGUACCGAGCUUCAGUGAUUUCACCGAAUUUGUGCUUCGUCGCACCAACGUGCUGGAUCCACACUGGAACACUUACUACAAUCUGUGCGAUCCCUGCUUUCUUCAGCCGACCGUGAUCGUCAAGCUGGAAACGUACGAUCGGGACGUGGCCCACCUGCUGCAGCUGGCGAACGUAACCACCAGCGCGGAUAAUUAUGAUAAUGGACGAGGCGAUGCUGAUGGGUUCGCGGGACAUCGGCUGAAUGUAAAUCAUCAUCGCACAUCGGGUGACACUUUACACCGUAACGCCUCCACGCUGGAUCGGUUGGCCGAACUGACGAAGGAACAGUUCGAACGGUUGUACCGUCGGUACGAGGUGGAUUUUCGACUGUUUCACUACGACGCGAGCCACUACUUUGCGCUGUACGAGACAGAUUAA